CAUCAGCCACGAAGCCUCUGGUGCUCUCUCCGUCCGCGCUACUCUGCUACGCUGGGCUCUUGGAAGGGAGAAAGAGCUUGAGGGAGGGGAAGAGGGAGAGAGAUCUGCGAGUGGGGGUUCACGGAGAUGGAGGCGCCAUUUGUGGGGGAUGGAGUCGUGGCGCUUAUGCCGCAGGAGCCGGUGAGUGCAAUCGAUCCGGCCGCGGCUUCCUCCUCGGCUUCCUCGUCUUCAGUGGUGGCUUCGGGAGGGAGCAAUUCGUUGGAUAACUCUCCGAUGUUGAUAUUUGCCUUAUUUCAUAAGGCGAUCAGGUCCGAGCUCGACCGGCUUCACCACGCCGCCGUGUUGUUUGCGACCGAUGGAGGUGGGGAUGUUGGCUGGUUGUCGGAGAGAUGCCGAUUUCUAUUCGAUAUCUACAAACAUCACUGCAAUGCCGAGGACGCGGUUAUUUUUCCAGCUCUUGAUAACAGGGUGAAGAAUGUAGCUAGGACAUAUUCACUUGAGCAUGAAGGAGAAAGUGACCUCUUUGGUCAAUUGUUUGACCUAUUAGGGUCGGAUAUACAAGGUGAUGAUAGAUUUUGGAGAGAAUUUGCUUCUCGUACUGGAGCUAUUAAGACAUCACUUAAUCAGCAUAUGUCUAAGGAGGAGGAGCAGGUCUUUCCAUUGCUCAUAGAGAAGUUUUCAUUUGAAGAGCAGGCUGAUCUGGUAUGGCAAUUUUUUUGUAGCAUCCCUGUGAAUAUGAUGGCGGAAUUUCUCCCUUGGCUAUCUUCUUGUGUUUCAUCCGAUGAACAUCAGGAUAUGGUAAAAUGUUUUUUGAAGAUUGUUCCAGAAGAAAAGCUUCUCCAAGAAGUGAUAUUCACCUGGUUGGAAGGCAAACAUAUGAACAUUAUCAGCCAAACUCAUAGAAAUGAUUCGAAGUCUGAGCGACAUUUUGAUAGUGGUUCAUGCAAAUUGCCUGGCCAAUCAGAAAAAAAGGGGUUGUCAUUUGAAAACUUAAGAUAUCGAAAGCGAAAACAUGUAGAUAUGGACUGCGAGCCUGUGGAUUUUCUUGGACCUCAUCCAAUAAAUGAGAUAUUGCAUUGGCAUAAUGCAAUCAAGAAUGAGUUGAAUGAUAUCACAGCGGAGGCAAAGAAGAUACAACUUUCUGGAGAUUUCCAAAACCUUUCCAAAUUUGAUGCAAGACUGCAAUUUAUUGCUGAUGUUUGCAUCUUUCAUGGCAUUGCGGAAGAUCAGGUUAUUUUUCCAGCUGUAGAUGGGCAAGUUUCUUUUGUACAGGAGCAUGCAGAAGAGGAAAAUCAGUUUAACAAAUUUAGACUUCUAAUUGAAGAAAUCAAAAGUGCAGGAACAAAUUCAAGCACUGUUGAUUUUUAUUCAAAUUUAUGUUUAUAUGCUGAUCAGAUUAUGGAAGCAAUUCAGAAGCACUUUCAUAGUGAGGAAGUUGAGGUUCUUCCUCUUGCUAGGAGGCAUUUCUCUCCAGAUAAACAACGGGAAUUGCUGUAUAAAAGUUUGUGUGUAAUGCCUCUAAGACUAUUAGAGCGUGUUCUACCUUGGUUGGUUUCAGAGCUUACUGAGUUAGAGGCAAGGGCUUUUCUCCAUAACAUGUGUUUUGCAGCACCAUCAUCGGAUUCUGCACUGGUGACUCUCUUCUAUGGUUGGGCAUGCAAGGGUCGGACCCCGGAUAUCUCUGAUUGUCGUAAAUUUCAAUGUUUAUCUCCCGAGGCGGCUAUUGGUUGCUGUCUGUUAGAGGAUAAGAAUGAGAGAGUUGCAGAUUUUAGUUCUGGAUUUUGUUCAUGUGCCUGCGUACCCAGCGACAAAGUUGGAGCACAAUUACAGAUCAAACAACAGAAGCAUGGAGACAAUCAAUCAAUAUUAUGCUUGCAUUCUAGGAAUGGUGAUGAAUUAAGAAGAGAAGAGACUCAAAGUUUGUCGUGUGUUACAGCUUGCCGCAUCCCUAAAUUAGGGGUUGAUGGCAGCAGCAAUUUAGGAAUUAGUUCCCUUGCUUCUGGGAAAGUGCUCCGGUCAUUUUCUUGCAACUCAACAGCUCCUCUAAAUUCCAGUCUCUUUCUCUGGGAAACAGAUACAUUAUCAUCCAGUAUGGAGAAUGCUGUGAGACCAAUUGAUAACAUUUUUAAGUUUCAUAAAGCAAUCCGUAAAGAUUUAGAGUAUCUUGAUGUUGAAUCGGGAAAACUUAUAAACUGUGGUGAAGCUUUUCUGCGGCAAUUCAGUGGAAGAUUUCGUUUACUGUGGGGCUUGUAUAGAGCUCAUAGCAAUGCCGAAGAUGACAUUGUUUUCCCUGCUUUAGAAUCGAGAGAGUCACUUCACAAUGUUAGCCAUUCAUAUACUCUUGAUCACAAGCAGGAGGAGAAGCUGUUUAACGAUAUAUCUGAUGUUCUUUCAGAACUUUCACAAUUGCAUGAUGGCCUAACAAGGAUAGACGCCAAUACUGAAGCAUUAACUAACCCAAGUUGGAAAAGGAAGCAUAAUGAACUUGUUACAAAGCUUCAAGGCAUGUGUAAAUCAAUACGAGUUUCGCUGGACCAACAUAUUUUUAGAGAAGAACUUGAGUUGUGGCCUUUAUUUGAUAAACAUUUUUCUAUUGAGGAGCAGGAUAAGAUUGUUGGCCGUAUAAUUGGAACAACUGGAGCAGAGGUUCUACAGUCAAUGUUGCCAUGGGUUACUUCAGCACUCACGCAAGAGGAGCAGAACAUGAUGAUGGAUAUGUGGAGGCAGGCAACAAAAAAUACUAUGUUCAAUGAGUGGCUAAAUGAAUGGUGGAAGGGUGCUCCAAGUUGUUCACAGGAUGAAACACAGAAUGGCGGUCUUCCAGAAGGAGCUGAUUGCCAAGAAAAUUUUGAUCAAAAUGGCCAAAUGUUCAAGCCUGGAUGGAAAGAUAUUUUUAGAAUGAAUCAGAAUGAGCUUGAGGCUGAGAUACGGAAGGUCUCUAGUGACCCAACACUUGAUCCACGGAGAAAAGCAUAUCUUAUUCAAAAUCUUAUGACAAGCCGCUGGAUUGCUGCUCAACAAAAGCUGCCUCAAGCUAAAAAAGGAGACGGGGAAGAUCUCUUGGGAUUUUCCCCAUCAUUCCGAGAUCCUGAGAAGAAAACAUAUGGCUGUGAGCACUACAAAAGAAACUGCAAGCUCCUAGCAGUUUGCUGUAACAAGUUGUUUACUUGCCGGUUCUGCCAUGACAAAGUCAGUGAUCAUUCCAUGGAAAGAAAAGCAACUUUGGAAAUGAUGUGCAUGCGUUGCUUAAAACUUCAGCCAAUUGCAGCAAGCUGUAAAACGCCUUCCUGUAAUGGAUUUUCCAUGGCCAAGUACUUCUGCAACAUCUGUAAAUUUUUUGAUGAUGAAAGGAUGGUCUAUCACUGUCCCUUCUGCAACUUGUGUCGUGUUGGUAGAGGACUUGGCGUGGACUUUUUUCAUUGCAUGACAUGUAACUGUUGCCUUGGAAUGAAAUUAGUGGAUCAUAAAUGCAGAGAAAAGGGACUUGAAACCAACUGUCCCAUUUGCUGUGAUUUUCUUUUCACAUCAAGUGCUGCAGUAAGAGCUUUACCUUGUGGUCAUUUUAUGCACUCAGCUUGCUUUCAGGCAUACACUUGCAGCCACUACACCUGUCCUAUUUGUAGCAAAUCAUUAGGAGAUAUGGCGGUAUAUUUCGGCAUGCUCGACGCAUUACUGGCAGCUGAAGAGCUUCCUGAGGAAUACAGAGACAAGUGCCAGGAUAUACUGUGCAACGACUGUGACAAGAAGGGAACAUCUCGAUUCCACUGGCUCUACCACAAAUGUAAUUUCUGCGGCUCAUAUAACACUCGGGUGAUCAAGACUGAAACUUACUGUUCAGCUUCCAAUGCUUGACUUCCAGAUGCAUUUAACCCAGGUCUGUAAAUAUGAAAUUUACUUCUAUGCUUCAGAUCAAACUGUAUAGAAAAUUAUAGAAACAGGCAUAGCAGAUGAUCAGAAAGACUUUACUAAAUAGGAUUAUUUAGCUACAAAUUGGAGAAAUAUCAAGAAACAAAAUCUAUUUCUGUACCAUUUGUAGAUCUGUGACUCAUAGUCAGGCUGCUAUCCAUACUUACACAUCAGAUUUAUAGUGCAAGGUUGCAAUUAUGGGCUUGAAA